AUGCAGUCGACAAGUGAGUCUACAAGCGAAUCUCCAACGACUAUCAAGAGUACAGUUGGUUCCAGUACUGACACGAUUUCCACUUCCGCAUCGAGCACAAGCGUAACAGGGGAAACGUCACCAUCAUCAUCGAUGACACCGAUCACGACCUCAUCGAAUACAGCGAGUGAAACAUCAUCAUCAACGCUGUCGUCUUCGCCAACCACACAGUCAACAAGCCAAUCUUCUACAAGUACAGUGAGUGGUAGUACAACAAUGCCAGGUGUAACUAGCACUACAAGUGUACCUGUAAGUUCACAAUCAACCGCUAAAGCAAGCCAUUCAUCAACGUUUUCUACUGAAACGUCUACAGGUUCAACAAGUCCACACACAUCGUCAGCAUCAACAACAAUCGGAAGCUCUACCAGUGGUCCUUCCCCGACAACAGUGACAACAGGGUCAACUGCGACGACAUCGCAAUCAACCACUGUCACCGGAAGUUCCACCUCUCCAACCGGUAUUUCGACCUCGUCAAGCACGCUUCCGGCGGCGGGUACAUCAUCUACGUCGACAACUUCCCUCGGCGGUUCAACCACUGCGACCUCUAGUACGACUGGGAAUAAUGCUACUGCUACCACCAGUGUAGGACCUUCAACAUCACAGUCUUCAAGUCCAGUAGUAACGUCUUCUUCAACUCCAGUAGUGAAUACAAUGGUUGGUGGCGUUUCUACCUCUUCCAUUCCGUCGUCUACAUCACAAACCGAUACAAGUACAAAAUCAAGCACGACGACAAUAUCUUCUAGUGGAAGUUCACUACCGUCGACGGAGCGUUCUUCUGUUCACAGUAGCACAGUUGAAGGCACAACUUCUGCAAUGCAGUCGACAAGUGAGUCUACAAGCGAAUCUCCAACGACUAUCAAGAGUACAGUUGGUUCCAGUACUGACACGAUUUCCACUUCCGCAUCGAGCACAAGCGUAACAGGGGAAACGUCACCAUCAUCAUCGAUGACACCGAUCACGACCUCAUCGAAUACAGCGAGUGAAACAUCAUCAUCAACGCUGUCGUCUUCGCCAACCACACAGUCAACAAGCCAAUCUUCUACAAGUACAGUGAGUGGUAGUACAACAAUGCCAGGUGUAACUAGCACUACAAGUGUACCUGUAAGUUCACAAUCAACCGCUAAAGCAAGCCAUUCAUCAACGUUUUCUACUGAAACGUCUACAGGUUCAACAAGUCCACACACAUCGUCAGCAUCAACAACAAUCGGAAGCUCUACCAGUGGUCCUUCCCCGACAACAGUGACAACAGGGUCAACUGCGACGACAUCGCAAUCAACCACUGUCACCGGAAGUUCCACCUCUCCAACCGGUAUUUCGACCUCGUCAAGCACGCUUCCGGCGGCGGGUACAUCAUCUACGUCGACAACUUCCCUCGGCGGUUCAACCACUGCGACCUCUAGUACGACUGGGAAUAAUGCUACUGCUACCACCAGUGUAGGACCUUCAACAUCACAGUCUUCAAGUCCAGUAGUAACGUCUUCUUCAACUCCAGUAGUGAAUACAAUGGUUGGUGGCGUUUCUACCUCUUCCAUUCCGUCGUCUACAUCACAAACCGAUACAAGUACAAAAUCAAGCACGACGACAAUAUCUUCUAGUGGAAGUUCACUACCGUCGACGGAGCGUUCUUCUGUUCACAGUAGCACAGUUGAAGGCACAACUUCUGCAAUGCAGUCGACAAGUGAGUCUACAAGCGAAUCUCCAACGACUAUCAAGAGUACAGUUGGUUCCAGUACUGACACGAUUUCCACUUCCGCAUCGAGCACAAGCGUAACAGGGGAAACGUCACCAUCAUCAUCGAUGACACCGAUCACGACCUCAUCGAAUACAGCGAGUGAAACAUCAUCAUCAACGCUGUCGUCUUCGCCAACCACACAGUCAACAAGCCAAUCUUCUACAAGUACAGUGAGUGGUAGUACAACAAUGCCAGGUGUAACUAGCACUACAAGUGUACCUGUAAGUUCACAAUCAACCGCUAAAGCAAGCCAUUCAUCAACGUUUUCUACUGAAACGUCUACAGGUUCAACAAGUCCACACACAUCGUCAGCAUCAACAACAAUCGGAAGCUCUACCAGUGGUCCUUCCCCGACAACAGUGACAACAGGGUCAACUGCGACGACAUCGCAAUCAACCACUGUCACCGGAAGUUCCACCUCUCCAACCGGUAUUUCGACCUCGUCAAGCACGCUUCCGGCGGCGGGUACAUCAUCUACGUCGACAACUUCCCUCGGCGGUUCAACCACUGCGACCUCUAGUACGACUGGGAAUAAUGCUACUGCUACCACCAGUGUAGGACCUUCAACAUCACAGUCUUCAAGUCCAGUAGUAACGUCUUCUUCAACUCCAGUAGUGAAUACAAUGGUUGGUGGCGUUUCUACCUCUUCCAUUCCGUCGUCUACAUCACAAACCGAUACAAGUACAAAAUCAAGCACGACGACAAUAUCUUCUAGUGGAAGUUCACUACCGUCGACGGAGCGUUCUUCUGUUCACAGUAGCACAGUUGAAGGCACAACUUCUGCAAUGCAGUCGACAAGUGAGUCUACAAGCGAAUCUCCAACGACUAUCAAGAGUACAGUUGGUUCCAGUACUGACACGAUUUCCACUUCCGCAUCGAGCACAAGCGUAACAGGGGAAACGUCACCAUCAUCAUCGAUGACACCGAUCACGACCUCAUCGAAUACAGCGAGUGAAACAUCAUCAUCAACGCUGUCGUCUUCGCCAACCACACAGUCAACAAGCCAAUCUUCUACAAGUACAGUGAGUGGUAGUACAACAAUGCCAGGUGUAACUAGCACUACAAGUGUACCUGUAAGUUCACAAUCAACCGCUAAAGCAAGCCAUUCAUCAACGUUUUCUACUGAAACGUCUACAGGUUCAACAAGUCCACACACAUCGUCAGCAUCAACAACAAUCGGAAGCUCUACCAGUGGUCCUUCCCCGACAACAGUGACAACAGGGUCAACUGCGACGACAUCGCAAUCAACCACUGUCACCGGAAGUUCCACCUCUCCAACCGGUAUUUCGACCUCGUCAAGCACGCUUCCGGCGGCGGGUACAUCAUCUACGUCGACAACUUCCCUCGGCGGUUCAACCACUGCGACCUCUAGUACGACUGGGAAUAAUGCUACUGCUACCACCAGUGUAGGACCUUCAACAUCACAGUCUUCAAGUCCAGUAGUAACGUCUUCUUCAACUCCAGUAGUGAAUACAAUGGUUGGUGGCGUUUCUACCUCUUCCAUUCCGUCGUCUACAUCACAAACCGAUACAAGUACAAAAUCAAGCACGACGACAAUAUCUUCUAGUGGAAGUUCACUACCGUCGACGGAGCGUUCUUCUGUUCACAGUAGCACAGUUGAAGGCACAACUUCUGCAAUGCAGUCGACAAGUGAGUCUACAAGCGAAUCUCCAACGACUAUCAAGAGUACAGUUGGUUCCAGUACUGACACGAUUUCCACUUCCGCAUCGAGCACAAGCGUAACAGGGGAAACGUCACCAUCAUCAUCGAUGACACCGAUCACGACCUCAUCGAAUACAGCGAGUGAAACAUCAUCAUCAACGCUGUCGUCUUCGCCAACCACACAGUCAACAAGCCAAUCUUCUACAAGUACAGUGAGUGGUAGUACAACAAUGCCAGGUGUAACUAGCACUACAAGUGUACCUGUAAGUUCACAAUCAACCGCUAAAGCAAGCCAUUCAUCAACGUUUUCUACUGAAACGUCUACAGGUUCAACAAGUCCACACACAUCGUCAGCAUCAACAACAAUCGGAAGCUCUACCAGUGGUCCUUCCCCGACAACAGUGACAACAGGGUCAACUGCGACGACAUCGCAAUCAACCACUGUCACCGGAAGUUCCACCUCUCCAACCGGUAUUUCGACCUCGUCAAGCACGCUUCCGGCGGCGGGUACAUCAUCUACGUCGACAACUUCCCUCGGCGGUUCAACCACUGCGACCUCUAGUACGACUGGGAAUAAUGCUACUGCUACCACCAGUGUAGGACCUUCAACAUCACAGUCUUCAAGUCCAGUAGUAACGUCUUCUUCAACUCCAGUAGUGAAUACAAUGGUUGGUGGCGUUUCUACCUCUUCCAUUCCGUCGUCUACAUCACAAACCGAUACAAGUACAAAAUCAAGCACGACGACAAUAUCUUCUAGUGGAAGUUCACUACCGUCGACGGAGCGUUCUUCUGUUCACAGUAGCACAGUUGAAGGCACAACUUCUGCAAUGCAGUCGACAAGUGAGUCUACAAGCGAAUCUCCAACGACUAUCAAGAGUACAGUUGGUUCCAGUACUGACACGAUUUCCACUUCCGCAUCGAGCACAAGCGUAACAGGGGAAACGUCACCAUCAUCAUCGAUGACACCGAUCACGACCUCAUCGAAUACAGCGAGUGAAACAUCAUCAUCAACGCUGUCGUCUUCGCCAACCACACAGUCAACAAGCCAAUCUUCUACAAGUACAGUGAGUGGUAGUACAACAAUGCCAGGUGUAACUAGCACUACAAGUGUACCUGUAAGUUCACAAUCAACCGCUAAAGCAAGCCAUUCAUCAACGUUUUCUACUGAAACGUCUACAGGUUCAACAAGUCCACACACAUCGUCAGCAUCAACAACAAUCGGAAGCUCUACCAGUGGUCCUUCCCCGACAACAGUGACAACAGGGUCAACUGCGACGACAUCGCAAUCAACCACUGUCACCGGAAGUUCCACCUCUCCAACCGGUAUUUCGACCUCGUCAAGCACGCUUCCGGCGGCGGGUACAUCAUCUACGUCGACAACUUCCCUCGGCGGUUCAACCACUGCGACCUCUAGUACGACUGGGAAUAAUGCUACUGCUACCACCAGUGUAGGACCUUCAACAUCACAGUCUUCAAGUCCAGUAGUAACGUCUUCUUCAACUCCAGUAGUGAAUACAAUGGUUGGUGGCGUUUCUACCUCUUCCAUUCCGUCGUCUACAUCACAAACCGAUACAAGUACAAAAUCAAGCACGACGACAAUAUCUUCUAGUGGAAGUUCACUACCGUCGACGGAGCGUUCUUCUGUUCACAGUAGCACAGUUGAAGGCACAACUUCUGCAAUGCAGUCGACAAGUGAGUCUACAAGCGAAUCUCCAACGACUAUCAAGAGUACAGUUGGUUCCAGUACUGACACGAUUUCCACUUCCGCAUCGAGCACAAGCGUAACAGGGGAAACGUCACCAUCAUCAUCGAUGACACCGAUCACGACCUCAUCGAAUACAGCGAGUGAAACAUCAUCAUCAACGCUGUCGUCUUCGCCAACCACACAGUCAACAAGCCAAUCUUCUACAAGUACAGUGAGUGGUAGUACAACAAUGCCAGGUGUAACUAGCACUACAAGUGUACCUGUAAGUUCACAAUCAACCGCUAAAGCAAGCCAUUCAUCAACGUUUUCUACUGAAACGUCUACAGGUUCAACAAGUCCACACACAUCGUCAGCAUCAACAACAAUCGGAAGCUCUACCAGUGGUCCUUCCCCGACAACAGUGACAACAGGGUCAACUGCGACGACAUCGCAAUCAACCACUGUCACCGGAAGUUCCACCUCUCCAACCGGUAUUUCGACCUCGUCAAGCACGCUUCCGGCGGCGGGUACAUCAUCUACGUCGACAACUUCCCUCGGCGGUUCAACCACUGCGACCUCUAGUACGACUGGGAAUAAUGCUACUGCUACCACCAGUGUAGGACCUUCAACAUCACAGUCUUCAAGUCCAGUAGUAACGUCUUCUUCAACUCCAGUAGUGAAUACAAUGGUUGGUGGCGUUUCUACCUCUUCCAUUCCGUCGUCUACAUCACAAACCGAUACAAGUACAAAAUCAAGCACGACGACAAUAUCUUCUAGUGGAAGUUCACUACCGUCGACGGAGCGUUCUUCUGUUCACAGUAGCACAGUUGAAGGCACAACUUCUGCAAUGCAGUCGACAAGUGAGUCUACAAGCGAAUCUCCAACGACUAUCAAGAGUACAGUUGGUUCCAGUACUGACACGAUUUCCACUUCCGCAUCGAGCACAAGCGUAACAGGGGAAACGUCACCAUCAUCAUCGAUGACACCGAUCACGACCUCAUCGAAUACAGCGAGUGAAACAUCAUCAUCAACGCUGUCGUCUUCGCCAACCACACAGUCAACAAGCCAAUCUUCUACAAGUACAGUGAGUGGUAGUACAACAAUGCCAGGUGUAACUAGCAGUACAAGUGUACCUGUAAGUUCACAGUCAACCGCUAAAGCAAGCCAUUCUUCAACGUUUUCUACUGAAACGUCUACAGGUUCAACAAGUCCACACACAUCGUCAGCAUCAACAACAAUCGGAAGCUCUACCAGUGGUCCUUCCCCGACAACAGUGACAACAGGGUCAACUGCGACGACAUCGCAAUCAAUCACUGUCACCGGAAGUUCCACCUCUCCAACAGGUAUUUCGACCUCGUCAAGCACGCUUCCGGCGGCGGGUACAUCAUCUACGUCGACAACUUCCCUCGGCGGUUCAACCACUGCGACCUCUAGUACGACUGGGAAUAAUGCUACUUCUACCACCAGUGUAGGACCUUCAACAUCACAGUCUUCAAGUCCAGUAGUAACGUCUUCUUCAACUCCAGUAGUGAAUACAAUGGUUGGUGGCGUUUCUACCUCUUCCAUUCCGUCGUCUACAUCACAAACCGAUACAAGUACAAAAUCAAGCACGACGACAAUAUCUUCUAGUGGAAGUUCACUACCAUCGACGGAGCGUUCUUCUGUUCACAGUAGCACAGUUGAAGGCACAACUUCUGCAAUGCAGUCGACAAGUGAGUCUACAAGCGAAUCUCCAACGACUAUCAAGAGUACAGUUGGUUCCAGUACUGACACGAUUUCCACUUCCGCAUCGAGCACAAUCGUAACAGGGAAAACAUCACUAUCAUCAUCGAUGACACCGAUCACGACCUCAUCGAAUACAGCGAGUGAAACAUCAUCAUCAACGCUGUCGUCUUCGCCAACCACACAGUCAACAAGCCAAUCUUCUACAAGUACAGUGAGUGGUAGUACAACAAUGUCAGGUGUAACUAGCAGUACAAGUGUACCUGUUAGUUCACAGUCAACCGCUAAAGCAAGCCAUUCUUCAACGUUUUCUACUGAAACGUCUACAGGUUCAACAAGUCCACACACAUCGUCAGCAUCAACAACAACCGGAAGCUCUACCAGUAGUUCGGGUUCAAUACUGUCGACGGAAAUUUUCUCUGGUGUCAAUGGCACUGUUGGAUCAACCUCAGUGUUUGGAAUAGAUCAAACAACUUCAGCUUCCCCACCCAAGAUUGUUGCUGUAACACUCGAGACCACAAAUACAGCAAACGAAAGGACUACUUCAUACUCGGCAACUGAAUCAUCGACUUUAACUGCCGCACCAACAGGCCCUUCAACAAGUACAGACGAAUCAUUAUCAACUUCUGAAACAAAAAGUCCUAUUAGCAGUUCUUCACCUACAACUGAGAAGACAUUUUCUUCCAAAGGAACACCUGGAACAAGUUCUACCACUGGCAGUUCUGUACCUCCCACCAGUCCUUCAUCAAAGUCGAGCACAAUUCCAUUAACGGAUAAUUCCUUUUCAACUACGACAAGUUCCCUUGUCGGUUCAUCUUCGGGGAGUUCUGUUACGUCUGGAAGUAAUGUCGGCUCUAGCACAACUGAAGCAGCGUCUACAAUACACUCUAUCAGUCCUGGUGUAACAACUGCUUCCAUUCCUGCAGUUAACACUAUGAGUGGCAUAAAUGCUACUAGUUCAUCUCCAACUUCAACAUCACAUACCGGUAUGAGUACAAAGGAAAGCACAGUGCACACAACAUCUAGUGGAAUCACUUCUACUACUAGCGAAAGUUCUUCUGUUCCAAGCAGUACAGGUGGAAUCACAACUGUAGAAACGAAGCCAACAAGUGAGUCAACAAGCAUCAAUCCAUCGACAGCGGAGGAGACAACAGUUGAAACAAGCACUGACUCAGUUCCCAGUACCGAAUCAACAGUGUUUACAGAGGAAACAUCCGUAUCGCCGUCAAUGACACCUACCACGCUAUCUUCCAAUACUACAAGUGAAUCGUCCACAGCUACUUUGUCGACUUUGCCUAUCACCGGGUCAACAGAUGAAGCUUCAAGUACAACAGUUAGCAAGGGCACACCCGUUACAACGGAAACAAGCAGGACAACUGAACACGUAACAUCAAACACACCAGUUACGGGAACUGAAUCAUCGACUUUAGCUGCCGCACCAACAGGCCCUUCAACAAGUACAGACGAAUCAUUCUCAACUUCUGAAACAAAAAGUCCUAUUAGCAGUUCUUCACCUACAACUGAGAAGACAUUUUCUUCCAAAGGAACACCUGGAACAAGUUCUACCACUGGCAGUUCUGUACCUCCCACCAGUCCUUCAUCAAAGUCGAGCACAAUUCCAUUAACGGAUAAUUCCUUUUCAACUACGACAAGUUCCCUUGUCGGUUCAUCUUCGGGGAGUUCUGUUACGUCUGGAAGUAAUGUCGGCUCUAGCACAACUGAAGCAGCGUCUACAAUACACUCUAUCAGUCCUGGUGUAACAACUGCUUCCAUUCCUGCAGUUAACACUAUGAGUGGCAUAAAUGCUACUAGUUCAUCUCCAACUUCAACAUCACAUACCGGUAUGAGUACAAAGGAAAGCACAGUGCACACAACAUCUAGUGGAAUCACUUCUACUACUAGCGAAAGUUCUUCUGUUCCAAGCAGUACAGGUGGAAUCACAACUGUAGAAACGAAGCCAACAAGUGAGUCAACAAGCAUCAAUCCAUCGACAGCGGAGGAGACAACAGUUGAAACAAGCACUGACUCAGUUCCCAGUACCGAAUCAACAGUGUUUACAGAAGAAACAUCCGUAUCGCCGUCAAUGACACCUACCACGCUAUCUUCCAAUACUACAAGUGAAUCGUCCACAGCUACUUUGUCGACUUUGCCUAUCACCGGGUCAACAGAUGAAGCUUCAAGUACAACAGUUAGCAAGGGCACACCCGUUACAACGGAAACAAGCAGGACAACUGAACACGUAACAUCAAACACACCAGUUACGGGAACUGAAUCAUCGACUUUAACUGCCGCACCAACAGGCCCUUCAACAAGUACAGACGAAUCAUUAUCAACUUCUGAAACAAAAAGUCCUAUUAGCAGUUCUUCACCUACAACUGAGAAGACAUUUUCUUCCAAAGGAACACCUGGAACAAGUUCUACCACUGGCAGUUCUGUACCUCCCACCAGUCCUUCAUCAAAGUCGAGCACAAUUCCAUUAACGGAUAAUUCCUUUUCAACUACGACAAGUUCCCUUGUCGGUUCAUCUUCGGGGAGUUCUGUUACGUCUGGAAGUAAUGUCGGCUCUAGCACAACUGAAGCAGCGUCUACAAUACACUCUAUCAGUCCUGGUGUAACAACUGCUUCCAUUCCUGCAGUUAACACUAUGAGUGGCAUAAAUGCUACUAGUUCAUCUCCAACUUCAACAUCACAUACCGGUAUGAGUACAAAGGAAAGCACAGUGCACACAACAUCUAGUGGAAUCACUUCUACUACUAGCGAAAGUUCUUCUGUUCCAAGCAGUACAGGUGGAAUCACAACUGUAGAAACGAAGCCAACAAGUGAGUCAACAAGCAUCAAUCCAUCGACAGCGGAGGAGACAACAGUUGAAACAAGCACUGACUCAGUUCCCAGUACCGAAUCAACAGUGUUUACAGAAGAAACAUCCGUAUCGCCGUCAAUGACACCUACCACGCUAUCUUCCAAUACUACAAGUGAAUCGUCCACAGCUACUUUGUCGACUUUGCCUAUCACCGGGUCAACAGAUGAAGCUUCAAGUACAACAGUUAGCAAGGGCACACCCGUUACAACGGAAACAAGCAGGACAACUGAACACGUAACAUCAAACACACCAGUUACGGGAACUGAAUCAUCGACUUUAACUGCCGCACCAACAGGCCCUUCAACAAGUACAGACGAAUCAUUAUCAACUUCUGAAACAAAAAGUCCUAUUAGCAGUUCUUCACCUACAACUGAGAAGACAUUUUCUUCCAAAGGAACACCUGGAACAAGUUCUACCACUGGCAGUUCUGUACCUCCCACCAGUCCUUCAUCAAAGUCGAGCACAAUUCCAUUAACGGAUAAUUCCUUUUCAACUACGACAAGUUCCCUUGUCGGUUCAUCUUCGGGGAGUUCUGUUACGUCUGGAAGUAAUGUCGGCUCUAGCACAACUGAAGCAGCGUCUACAAUACACUCUAUCAGUCCUGGUGUAACAACUGCUUCCAUUCCUGCAGUUAACACUAUGAGUGGCAUAAAUGCUACUAGUUCAUCUCCAACUUCAACAUCACAUACCGGUAUGAGUACAAAGGAAAGCACAGUGCACACAACAUCUAGUGGAAUCACUUCUACUACUAGCGAAAGUUCUUCUGUUCCAAGCAGUACAGGUGGAAUCACAACUGUAGAAACGAAGCCAACAAGUGAGUCAACAAGCAUCAAUCCAUCGACAGCGGAGGAGACAACAGUUGAAACAAGCACUGACUCAGUUCCCAGUACCGAAUCAACAGUGUUUACAGAAGAAACAUCCGUAUCGCCGUCAAUGACACCUACCACGCUAUCUUCCAAUACUACAAGUGAAUCGUCCACAGCUACUUUGUCGACUUUGCCUAUCACCGGGUCAACAGAUGAAGCUUCAAGUACAACAGUUAGCAAGGGCACACCCGUUACAACGGAAACAAGCAGGACAACUGAACACGUAACAUCAAACACACCAGUUACGGGAACUGAAUCAUCGACUUUAACUGCCGCACCAACAGGCCCUUCAACAAGUACAGACGAAUCAUUAUCAACUUCUGAAACAAAAAGUCCUAUUAGCAGUUCUUCACCUACAACUGAGAAGACAUUUUCUUCCAAAGGAACACCUGGAACAAGUUCUACCACUGGCAGUUCUGUACCUCCCACCAGUCCUUCAUCAAAGUCGAGCACAAUUCCAUUAACGGAUAAUUCCUUUUCAACUACGACAAGUUCCCUUGUCGGUUCAUCUUCGGGGAGUUCUGUUACGUCUGGAAGUAAUGUCGGCUCUAGCACAACUGAAGCAGCGUCUACAAUACACUCUAUCAGUCCUGGUGUAACAACUGCUUCCAUUCCUGCAGUUAACACUAUGAGUGGCAUAAAUGCUACUAGUUCAUCUCCAACUUCAACAUCACAUACCGGUAUGAGUACAAAGGAAAGCACAGUGCACACAACAUCUAGUGGAAUCACUUCUACUACUAGCGAAAGUUCUUCUGUUCCAAGCAGUACAGGUGGAAUCACAACUGUAGAAACGAAGCCAACAAGUGAGUCAACAAGCAUCAAUCCAUCGACAGCGGAGGAGACAACAGUUGAAACAAGCACUGACUCAGUUCCCAGUACCGAAUCAACAGUGUUUACAGAAGAAACAUCCGUAUCGCCGUCAAUGACACCUACCACGCUAUCUUCCAAUACUACAAGUGAAUCGUCCACAGCUACUUUGUCGACUUUGCCUAUCACCGGGUCAACAGAUGAAGCUUCAAGUACAACAGUUAGCAAGGGCACACCCGUUACAACGGAAACAAGCAGGACAACUGAACACGUAACAUCAAACACACCAGUUACGGGAACUGAAUCAUCGACUUUAACUGCCGCACCAACAGGCCCUUCAACAAGUACAGACGAAUCAUUAUCAACUUCUGAAACAAAAAGUCCUAUUAGCAGUUCUUCACCUACAACUGAGAAGACAUUUUCUUCCAAAGGAACACCUGGAACAAGUUCUACCACUGGCAGUUCUGUACCUCCCACCAGUCCUUCAUCAAAGUCGAGCACAAUUCCAUUAACGGAUAAUUCCUUUUCAACUACGACAAGUUCCCUUGUCGGUUCAUCUUCGGGGAGUUCUGUUACGUCUGGAAGUAAUGUCGGCUCUAGCACAACUGAAGCAGCGUCUACAAUACACUCUAUCAGUCCUGGUGUAACAACUGCUUCCAUUCCUGCAGUUAACACUAUGAGUGGCAUAAAUGCUACUAGUUCAUCUCCAACUUCAACAUCACAUACCGGUAUGAGUACAAAGGAAAGCACAGUGCACACAACAUCUAGUGGAAUCACUUCUACUACUAGCGAAAGUUCUUCUGUUCCAAGCAGUACAGGUGGAAUCACAACUGUAGAAACGAAGCCAACAAGUGAGUCAACAAGCAUCAAUCCAUCGACAGCGGAGGAGACAACAGUUGAAACAAGCACUGACUCAGUUCCCAGUACCGAAUCAACAGUGUUUACAGAAGAAACAUCCGUAUCGCCGUCAAUGACACCUACCACGCUAUCUUCCAAUACUACAAGUGAAUCGUCCACAGCUACUUUGUCGACUUUGCCUAUCACCGGGUCAACAGAUGAAGCUUCAAGUACAACAGUUAGCAAGGGCACACCCGUUACAACGGAAACAAGCAGGACAACUGAACACGUAACAUCAAACACACCAGUUACGGGAACUGAAUCAUCGACUUUAACUGCCGCACCAACAGGCCCUUCAACAAGUACAGACGAAUCAUUAUCAACUUCUGAAACAAAAAGUCCUAUUAGCAGUUCUUCACCUACAACUGAGAAGACAUUUUCUUCCAAAGGAACACCUGGAACAAGUUCUACCACUGGCAGUUCUGUACCUCCCACCAGUCCUUCAUCAAAGUCGAGCACAAUUCCAUUAACGGAUAAUUCCUUUUCAACUACGACAAGUUCCCUUGUCGGUUCAUCUUCGGGGAGUUCUGUUACGUCUGGAAGUAAUGUCGGCUCUAGCACAACUGAAGCAGCGUCUACAAUACACUCUAUCAGUCCUGGUGUAACAACUGCUUCCAUUCCUGCAGUUAACACUAUGAGUGGCAUAAAUGCUACUAGUUCAUCUCCAACUUCAACAUCACAUACCGGUAUGAGUACAAAGGAAAGCACAGUGCACACAACAUCUAGUGGAAUCACUUCUACUACUAGCGAAAGUUCUUCUGUUCCAAGCAGUACAGGUGGAAUCACAACUGUAGAAACGAAGCCAACAAGUGAGUCAACAAGCAUCAAUCCAUCGACAGCGGAGGAGACAACAGUUGAAACAAGCACUGACUCAGUUCCCAGUACCGAAUCAACAGUGUUUACAGAAGAAACAUCCGUAUCGCCGUCAAUGACACCUACCACGCUAUCUUCCAAUACUACAAGUGAAUCGUCCACAGCUACUUUGUCGACUUUGCCUAUCACCGGGUCAACAGAUGAAGCUUCAAGUACAACAGUUAGCAAGGGCACACCCGUUACAACGGAAACAAGCAGGACAACUGAACACGUAACAUCAAACACACCAGUUACGGGAACUGAAUCAUCGACUUUAACUGCCGCACCAACAGGCCCUUCAACAAGUACAGACGAAUCAUUAUCAACUUCUGAAACAAAAAGUCCUAUUAGCAGUUCUUCACCUACAACUGAGAAGACAUUUUCUUCCAAAGGAACACCUGGAACAAGUUCUACCACUGGCAGUUCUGUACCUCCCACCAGUCCUUCAUCAAAGUCGAGCACAAUUCCAUUAACGGAUAAUUCCUUUUCAACUACGACAAGUUCCCUUGUCGGUUCAUCUUCGGGGAGUUCUGUUACGUCUGGAAGUAAUGUCGGCUCUAGCACAACUGAAGCAGCGUCUACAAUACACUCUAUCAGUCCUGGUGUAACAACUGCUUCCAUUCCUGCAGUUAACACUAUGAGUGGCAUAAAUGCUACUAGUUCAUCUCCAACUUCAACAUCACAUACCGGUAUGAGUACAAAGGAAAGCACAGUGCACACAACAUCUAGUGGAAUCACUUCUACUACUAGCGAAAGUUCUUCUGUUCCAAGCAGUACAGGUGGAAUCACAACUGUAGAAACGAAGCCAACAAGUGAGUCAACAAGCAUCAAUCCAUCGACAGCGGAGGAGACAACAGUUGAAACAAGCACUGACUCAGUUCCCAGUACCGAAUCAACAGUGUUUACAGAAGAAACAUCCGUAUCGCCGUCAAUGACACCUACCACGCUAUCUUCCAAUACUACAAGUGAAUCGUCCACAGCUACUUUGUCGACUUUGCCUAUCACCGGGUCAACAGAUGAAGCUUCAAGUACAACAGUUAGCAAGGGCACACCCGUUACAACGGAAACAAGCAGGACAACUGAACACGUAACAUCAAACACACCAGUUACGGGAACUGAAUCAUCGACUUUAACUGCCGCACCAACAGGCCCUUCAACAAGUACAGACGAAUCAUUAUCAACUUCUGAAACAAAAAGUCCUAUUAGCAGUUCUUCACCUACAACUGAGAAGACAUUUUCUUCCAAAGGAACACCUGGAACAAGUUCUACCACUGGCAGUUCUGUACCUCCCACCAGUCCUUCAUCAAAGUCGAGCACAAUUCCAUUAACGGAUAAUUCCUUUUCAACUACGACAAGUUCCCUUGUCGGUUCAUCUUCGGGGAGUUCUGUUACGUCUGGAAGUAAUGUCGGCUCUAGCACAACUGAAGCAGCGUCUACAAUACACUCUAUCAGUCCUGGUGUAACAACUGCUUCCAUUCCUGCAGUUAACACUAUGAGUGGCAUAAAUGCUACUAGUUCAUCUCCAACUUCAACAUCACAUACCGGUAUGAGUACAAAGGAAAGCACAGUGCACACAACAUCUAGUGGAAUCACUUCUACUACUAGCGAAAGUUCUUCUGUUCCAAGCAGUACAGGUGGAAUCACAACUGUAGAAACGAAGCCAACAAGUGAGUCAACAAGCAUCAAUCCAUCGACAGCGGAGGAGACAACAGUUGAAACAAGCACUGACUCAGUUCCCAGUACCGAAUCAACAGUGUUUACAGAAGAAACAUCCGUAUCGCCGUCAAUGACACCUACCACGCUAUCUUCCAAUACUACAAGUGAAUCGUCCACAGCUACUUUGUCGACUUUGCCUAUCACCGGGUCAACAGAUGAAGCUUCAAGUACAACAGUUAGCAAGGGCACACCCGUUACAACGGAAACAAGCAGGACAACUGAACACGUAACAUCAAACACACCAGUUACGGGAACUGAAUCAUCGACUUUAACUGCCGCACCAACAGGCCCUUCAACAAGUACAGACGAAUCAUUAUCAACUUCUGAAACAAAAAGUCCUAUUAGCAGUUCUUCACCUACAACUGAGAAGACAUUUUCUUCCAAAGGAACACCUGGAACAAGUUCUACCACUGGCAGUUCUGUACCUCCCACCAGUCCUUCAUCAAAGUCGAGCACAAUUCCAUUAACGGAUAAUUCCUUUUCAACUACGACAAGUUCCCUUGUCGGUUCAUCUUCGGGGAGUUCUGUUACGUCUGGAAGUAAUGUCGGCUCUAGCACAACUGAAGCAGCGUCUACAAUACACUCUAUCAGUCCUGGUGUAACAACUGCUUCCAUUCCUGCAGUUAACACUAUGAGUGGCAUAAAUGCUACUAGUUCAUCUCCAACUUCAACAUCACAUACCGGUAUGAGUACAAAGGAAAGCACAGUGCACACAACAUCUAGUGGAAUCACUUCUACUACUAGCGAAAGUUCUUCUGUUCCAAGCAGUACAGGUGGAAUCACAACUGUAGAAACGAAGCCAACAAAAACAUCCGUAUCGCCGUCAAUGACACCUACCACGCUAUCUUCCAAUACUACAAGUGAAUCGUCCACAGCUACUUUGUCGACUUUGCCUAUCACCGGGUCAACAGAUGAAGCUUCAAGUACAACAGUUAGCAAGGGCACACCCGUUACAACGGAAACAAGCAGGACAACUGAACACGUAACAUCAAACACACCAGUUACGGGAACUGAAUCAUCGACUUUAACUGCCGCACCAACAGGCCCUUCAACAAGUACAGACGAAUCAUUAUCAACUUCUGAAACAAAAAGUCCUAUUAGCAGUUCUUCACCUACAACUGAGAAGACAUUUUCUUCCAAAGGAACACCUGGAACAAGUUCUACCACUGGCAGUUCUGUACCUCCCACCAGUCCUUCAUCAAAGUCGAGCACAAUUCCAUUAACGGAUAAUUCCUUUUCAACUACGACAAGUUCCCUUGUCGGUUCAUCUUCGGGGAGUUCUGUUACGUCUGGAAGUAAUGUCGGCUCUAGCACAACUGAAGCAGCGUCUACAAUACACUCUAUCAGUCCUGGUGUAACAACUGCUUCCAUUCCUGCAGUUAACACUAUGAGUGGCAUAAAUGCUACUAGUUCAUCUCCAACUUCAACAUCACAUACCGGUAUGAGUACAAAGGAAAGCACAGUGCACACAACAUCUAGUGGAAUCACUUCUACUACUAGCGAAAGUUCUUCUGUUCCAAGCAGUACAGGUGGAAUCACAACUGUAGAAACGAAGCCAACAAGUGAGUCAACAAGCAUCAAUCCAUCGACAGCGGAGGAGACAACAGUUGAAACAAGCACUGACUCAGUUCCCAGUACCGAAUCAACAGUGUUUACAGAAGAAACAUCCGUAUCGCCGUCAAUGACACCUACCACGCUAUCUUCCAAUACUACAAGUGAAUCGUCCACAGCUACUUUGUCGACUUUGCCUAUCACCGGGUCAACAGAUGAAGCUUCAAGUACAACAGUUAGCAAGGGCACACCCGUUACAACGGAAACAAGCAGGACAACUGAACACGUAACAUCAAACACACCAGUUACGGGAACUGAAUCAUCGACUUUAACUGCCGCACCAACAGGCCCUUCAACAAGUACAGACGAAUCAUUAUCAACUUCUGAAACAAAAAGUCCUAUUAGCAGUUCUUCACCUACAACUGAGAAGACAUUUUCUUCCAAAGGAACACCUGGAACAAGUUCUACCACUGGCAGUUCUGUACCUCCCACCAGUCCUUCAUCAAAGUCGAGCACAAUUCCAUUAACGGAUAAUUCCUUUUCAACUACGACAAGUUCCCUUGUCGGUUCAUCUUCGGGGAGUUCUGUUACGUCUGGAAGUAAUGUCGGCUCUAGCACAACUGAAGCAGCGUCUACAAUACACUCUAUCAGUCCUGGUGUAACAACUGCUUCCAUUCCUGCAGUUAACACUAUGAGUGGCAUAAAUGCUACUAGUUCAUCUCCAACUUCAACAUCACAUACCGGUAUGAGUACAAAGGAAAGCACAGUGCACACAACAUCUAGUGGAAUCACUUCUACUACUAGCGAAAGUUCUUCUGUUCCAAGCAGUACAGGUGGAAUCACAACUGUAGAAACGAAGCCAACAAGUGAGUCAACAAGCAUCAAUCCAUCGACAGCGGAGGAGACAACAGUUGAAACAAGCACUGACUCAGUUCCCAGUACCGAAUCAACAGUGUUUACAGAAGAAACAUCCGUAUCGCCGUCAAUGACACCUACCACGCUAUCUUCCAAUACUACAAGUGAAUCGUCCACAGCUACUUUGUCGACUUUGCCUAUCACCGGGUCAACAGAUGAAGCUUCAAGUACAACAGUUAGCAAGGGCACACCCGUUACAACGGAAACAAGCAGGACAACUGAACACGUAACAUCAAACACACCAGUUACGGGAACUGAAUCAUCGACUUUAACUGCCGCACCAACAGGCCCUUCAACAAGUACAGACGAAUCAUUAUCAACUUCUGAAACAAAAAGUCCUAUUAGCAGUUCUUCACCUACAACUGAGAAGACAUUUUCUUCCAAAGGAACACCUGGAACAAGUUCUACCACUGGCAGUUCUGUACCUCCCACCAGUCCUUCAUCAAAGUCGAGCACAAUUCCAUUAACGGAUAAUUCCUUUUCAACUACGACAAGUUCCCUUGUCGGUUCAUCUUCGGGGAGUUCUGUUACGUCUGGAAGUAAUGUCGGCUCUAGCACAACUGAAGCAGCGUCUACAAUACACUCUAUCAGUCCUGGUGUAACAACUGCUUCCAUUCCUGCAGUUAACACUAUGAGUGGCAUAAAUGCUACUAGUUCAUCUCCAACUUCAACAUCACAUACCGGUAUGAGUACAAAGGAAAGCACAGUGCACACAACAUCUAGUGGAAUCACUUCUACUACUAGCGAAAGUUCUUCUGUUCCAAGCAGUACAGGUGGAAUCACAACUGUAGAAACGAAGCCAACAAGUGAGUCAACAAGCAUCAAUCCAUCGACAGCGGAGGAGACAACAGUUGAAACAAGCACUGACUCAGUUCCCAGUACCGAAUCAACAGUGUUUACAGAAGAAACAUCCGUAUCGCCGUCAAUGACACCUACCACGCUAUCUUCCAAUACUACAAGUGAAUCGUCCACAGCUACUUUGUCGACUUUGCCUAUCACCGGGUCAACAGAUGAAGCUUCAAGUACAACAGUUAGCAAGGGCACACCCGUUACAACGGAAACAAGCAGGACAACUGAACACGUAACAUCAAACACACCAGUUACGGGAACUGAAUCAUCGACUUUAACUGCCGCACCAACAGGCCCUUCAACAAGUACAGACGAAUCAUUAUCAACUUCUGAAACAAAAAGUCCUAUUAGCAGUUCUUCACCUACAACUGAGAAGACAUUUUCUUCCAAAGGAACACCUGGAACAAGUUCUACCACUGGCAGUUCUGUACCUCCCACCAGUCCUUCAUCAAAGUCGAGCACAAUUCCAUUAACGGAUAAUUCCUUUUCAACUACGACAAGUUCCCUUGUCGGUUCAUCUUCGGGGAGUUCUGUUACGUCUGGAAGUAAUGUCGGCUCUAGCACAACUGAAGCAGCGUCUACAAUACACUCUAUCAGUCCUGGUGUAACAACUGCUUCCAUUCCUGCAGUUAACACUAUGAGUGGCAUAAAUGCUACUAGUUCAUCUCCAACUUCAACAUCACAUACCGGUAUGAGUACAAAGGAAAGCACAGUGCACACAACAUCUAGUGGAAUCACUUCUACUACUAGCGAAAGUUCUUCUGUUCCAAGCAGUACAGGUGGAAUCACAACUGUAGAAACGAAGCCAACAAGUGAGUCAACAAGCAUCAAUCCAUCGACAGCGGAGGAGACAACAGUUGAAACAAGCACUGACUCAGUUCCCAGUACCGAAUCAACAGUGUUUACAGAAGAAACAUCCGUAUCGCCGUCAAUGACACCUACCACGCUAUCUUCCAAUACUACAAGUGAAUCGUCCACAGCUACUUUGUCGACUUUGCCUAUCACCGGGUCAACAGAUGAAGCUUCAAGUACAACAGUUAGCAAGGGCACACCCGUUACAACGGAAACAAGCAGGACAACUGAACACGUAACAUCAAACACACCAGUUACGGGAACUGAAUCAUCGACUUUAACUGCCGCACCAACAGGCCCUUCAACAAGUACAGACGAAUCAUUAUCAACUUCUGAAACAAAAAGUCCUAUUAGCAGUUCUUCACCUACAACUGAGAAGACAUUUUCUUCCAAAGGAACACCUGGAACAAGUUCUACCACUGGCAGUUCUGUACCUCCCACCAGUCCUUCAUCAAAGUCGAGCACAAUUCCAUUAACGGAUAAUUCCUUUUCAACUACGACAAGUUCCCUUGUCGGUUCAUCUUCGGGGAGUUCUGUUACGUCUGGAAGUAAUGUCGGCUCUAGCACAACUGAAGCAGCGUCUACAAUACACUCUAUCAGUCCUGGUGUAACAACUGCUUCCAUUCCUGCAGUUAACACUAUGAGUGGCAUAAAUGCUACUAGUUCAUCUCCAACUUCAACAUCACAUACCGGUAUGAGUACAAAGGAAAGCACAGUGCACACAACAUCUAGUGGAAUCACUUCUACUACUAGCGAAAGUUCUUCUGUUCCAAGCAGUACAGGUGGAAUCACAACUGUAGAAACGAAGCCAACAAGUGAGUCAACAAGCAUCAAUCCAUCGACAGCGGAGGAGACAACAGUUGAAACAAGCACUGACUCAGUUCCCAGUACCGAAUCAACAGUGUUUACAGAAGAAACAUCCGUAUCGCCGUCAAUGACACCUACCACGCUAUCUUCCAAUACUACAAGUGAAUCGUCCACAGCUACUUUGUCGACUUUGCCUAUCACCGGGUCAACAGAUGAAGCUUCAAGUACAACAGUUAGCAAGGGCACACCCGUUACAACGGAAACAAGCAGGACAACUGAACACGUAACAUCAAACACACCAGUUACGGGAACUGAAUCAUCGACUUUAACUGCCGCACCAACAGGCCCUUCAACAAGUACAGACGAAUCAUUAUCAACUUCUGAAACAAAAAGUCCUAUUAGCAGUUCUUCACCUACAACUGAGAAGACAUUUUCUUCCAAAGGAACACCUGGAACAAGUUCUACCACUGGCAGUUCUGUACCUCCCACCAGUCCUUCAUCAAAGUCGAGCACAAUUCCAUUAACGGAUAAUUCCUUUUCAACUACGACAAGUUCCCUUGUCGGUUCAUCUUCGGGGAGUUCUGUUACGUCUGGAAGUAAUGUCGGCUCUAGCACAACUGAAGCAGCGUCUACAAUACACUCUAUCAGUCCUGGUGUAACAACUGCUUCCAUUCCUGCAGUUAACACUAUGAGUGGCAUAAAUGCUACUAGUUCAUCUCCAACUUCAACAUCACAUACCGGUAUGAGUACAAAGGAAAGCACAGUGCACACAACAUCUAGUGGAAUCACUUCUACUACUAGCGAAAGUUCUUCUGUUCCAAGCAGUACAGGUGGAAUCACAACUGUAGAAACGAAGCCAACAAGUGAGUCAACAAGCAUCAAUCCAUCGACAGCGGAGGAGACAACAGUUGAAACAAGCACUGACUCAGUUCCCAGUACCGAAUCAACAGUGUUUACAGAAGAAACAUCCGUAUCGCCGUCAAUGACACCUACCACGCUAUCUUCCAAUACUACAAGUGAAUCGUCCACAGCUACUUUGUCGACUUUGCCUAUCACCGGGUCAACAGAUGAAGCUUCAAGUACAACAGUUAGCAAGGGCACACCCGUUACAACGGAAACAAGCAGGACAACUGAACACGUAACAUCAAACACACCAGUUACGGGAACUGAAUCAUCGACUUUAACUGCCGCACCAACAGGCCCUUCAACAAGUACAGACGAAUCAUUAUCAACUUCUGAAACAAAAAGUCCUAUUAGCAGUUCUUCACCUACAACUGAGAAGACAUUUUCUUCCAAAGGAACACCUGGAACAAGUUCUACCACUGGCAGUUCUGUACCUCCCACCAGUCCUUCAUCAAAGUCGAGCACAAUUCCAUUAACGGAUAAUUCCUUUUCAACUACGACAAGUUCCCUUGUCGGUUCAUCUUCGGGGAGUUCUGUUACGUCUGGAAGUAAUGUCGGCUCUAGCACAACUGAAGCAGCGUCUACAAUACACUCUAUCAGUCCUGGUGUAACAACUGCUUCCAUUCCUGCAGUUAACACUAUGAGUGGCAUAAAUGCUACUAGUUCAUCUCCAACUUCAACAUCACAUACCGGUAUGAGUACAAAGGAAAGCACAGUGCACACAACAUCUAGUGGAAUCACUUCUACUACUAGCGAAAGUUCUUCUGUUCCAAGCAGUACAGGUGGAAUCACAACUGUAGAAACGAAGCCAACAAGUGAGUCAACAAGCAUCAAUCCAUCGACAGCGGAGGAGACAACAGUUGAAACAAGCACUGACUCAGUUCCCAGUACCGAAUCAACAGUGUUUACAGAGGAAACAUCCGUAUCGCCGUCAAUGACACCUACCACGCUAUCUUCCAAUACUACAAGUGAAUCGUCCACAGCUACUUUGUCGACUUUGCCUAUCACCGGGUCAACAGAUGAAGCUUCAAGUACAACAGUUAGCAAGGGCACACCCGUUACAACGGAAACAAGCAGGACAACUGAACACGUAACAUCAAACACACCAGUUACGGGAACUGAAUCAUCGACUUUAACUGCCGCACCAACAGGCCCUUCAACAAGUACAGACGAAUCAUUAUCAACUUCUGAAACAAAAAGUCCUAUUAGCAGUUAUUCACCUACAACUGAGAAGACAUUUUCUUCCAAAGGAACACCUGGAACAAGUUCUACCACUGGCAGUUCUGUACCUCCCACCAGUCCUUCAUCAAAGUCGAGCACAAUUCCAUUAACGGAUAAUUCCUUUUCAACUACGACAAGUUCCCUUGUCGGUUCAUCUUCGGGGAGUUCUGUUACGUCUGGAAGUAAUGUCGGCUCUAGCACAACUGAAGCAGCGUCUACAAUACACUCUAUCAGUCCUGGUGUAACAACUGCUUCCAUUCCUGCAGUUAACACUAUGAGUGGCAUAAAUGCUACUAGUUCAUCUCCAACUUCAACAUCACAUACCGGUAUGAGUACAAAGGAAAGCACAGUGCACACAACAUCUAGUGGAAUCACUUCUACUACUAGCGAAAGUUCUUCUGUUCCAAGCAGUACAGGUGGAAUCACAACUGUAGAAACGAAGCCAACAAGUGAGUCAACAAGCAUCAAUCCAUCGACAGCGGAGGAGACAACAGUUGAAACAAGCACUGACUCAGUUCCCAGUACCGAAUCAACAGUGUUUACAGAAGAAACAUCCGUAUCGCCGUCAAUGACACCUACCACGCUAUCUUCCAAUACUACAAGUGAAUCGUCCACAGCUACUUUGUCGACUUUGCCUAUCACCGGGUCAACAGAUGAAGCUUCAAGUACAACAGUUAGCAAGGGCACACCCGUUACAACGGAAACAAGCAGGACAACUGAACACGUAACAUCAAACACACCAGUUACGGGAACUGAAUCAUCGACUUUAACUGCCGCACCAACAGGCCCUUCAACAAGUACAGACGAAUCAUUAUCAACUUCUGAAACAAAAAGUCCUAUUAGCAGUUCUUCACCUACAACUGAGAAGACAUUUUCUUCCAAAGGAACACCUGGAACAAGUUCUACCACUGGCAGUUCUGUACCUCCCACCAGUCCUUCAUCAAAGUCGAGCACAAUUCCAUUAACGGAUAAUUCCUUUUCAACUACGACAAGUUCCCUUGUCGGUUCAUCUUCGGGGAGUUCUGUUACGUCUGGAAGUAAUGUCGGCUCUAGCACAACUGAAGCAGCGUCUACAAUACACUCUAUCAGUCCUGGUGUAACAACUGCUUCCAUUCCUGCAGUUAACACUAUGAGUGGCAUAAAUGCUACUAGUUCAUCUCCAACUUCAACAUCACAUACCGGUAUGAGUACAAAGGAAAGCACAGUGCACACAACAUCUAGUGGAAUCACUUCUACUACUAGCGAAAGUUCUUCUGUUCCAAGCAGUACAGGUGGAAUCACAACUGUAGAAACGAAGCCAACAAGUGAGUCAACAAGCAUCAAUCCAUCGACAGCGGAGGAGACGACAGUUGAAACAAGCACUGAUACAUUGUUCAGUCCUCCGUCCACAACCUCAAGAGUUCAUCACACAAGUUAUGCAAAAACAGACUCUACAGAUAGCAGUGCUUCAAGUUCUUCCGUAACGUCAUCUAGCGUUACAACAGACGUGACAUCAGAUAUUCCAACUCCAACUUCCGUGCUAUCGACCGAUGUAUUUACCAUAGUACUGAAUAAAACAGAUGAUGGCACGUCUGUGGAAAUCCCAGUCAGCGUAAACAUCCCAGUGUACGGGAACAAGUACAAACAGAUCCAUGUUAGCGUCAACGGACUUGUUUCCCUUGGUAACAACACGAUAGGAUACAAUCCCCGUCCCCUGCCACUUGGAAAUAACGACACAGUUACAUUGGCACCAUUCUGGACUGACUUGGACAUUAGGAACACAACAGAUUCUUCCGUGUUCGCUACCGUAUAUAUGAACGCCAACAACAACACGAACAUCACACGGGAAUGGCGCCCCUUCUUGGAACCUGACUUCAACCCAACAUGGGUGAUGGAUGUACACUGGGAACGAGUGUCUCCGCAUCCAGUGGAAAUUUACCACGGGAAAGAAAAUACAACUUUCCGAUUAGUCCUGUUCUCUGAUGGAGAUCGGACCCAAGUCGCAUUCGAAUACGACAAGAACAAUCCCCUACCUUACAGUCUGGCCAGAUCACCUGUUAUAGGCCUCGAUUUCGGCUCGGACGGGUACAACACGUUCUUCAGUGGAACCGGGACACCGAACGCCGUGGACGUGUCCAAUGCUCUAGGAAACAUAGCUGUAGCCUUCGGAUCCCCCAAUAUACAAACGUUUGAUGGAUUAGAAUACACGUUUAGUGGAAAUGGAGAAUACUUGAUGGCACAAACAGACACUGGAUCAGUUCUACAGGGCCAAAUGGAGCCCAUUUGGACAAAGGGAGAUCCAACGCAGCCCAACAACAACCUGACAGUUUUCACAUCUUUCAGUUUCGUUGGUGCCGCCAACGUAACUGUGUCACAGGACGACAAACGGACAGAUUUUUCGACAACAUUCUGUGAAACGGGAGGGUCCAUUUCAACGGUUGUUGUCACUCCUCCCGGGAUUGUUAAGAACACUAAAGGAUUACUUGGAACAGCCAACACCAACAUAUCCGAUGACCUAAGCAUGCGCGGUAAAACGAACAAGCCACUUCCGUUUAAUUCUACCGACAGGGAAAUCUACACACAGAUGAUGAGUUGGGAAGUUUCGCCUGAUAACAACUCUUCUUUGUCUCAAAACUGGUCAGUAAACGCAACUGAUGUCGCUCCUUUUUUCCUGGACGAAAAGUACCCUGGCGUUUAUCAGGACAUGAACUCCACCGAUUACAUUGCUUGUGCACUGGCCAAUACAGUGGUGUCUAAAGCCUGUCUGUACACCAGACUUGCUCUCAAGGAUAGAACGGCUGCAAAUCAAACCUUGAUGGCAGCAGGCGCCAUCUUGAACCAAAAGCAAAUAUUGCAAACUCGAAUUCCUCCACUUGAGGCAAGUGGAAGUCGGAUCGUGAACGUGACUGUUGGUAAAGAAAUGUCGCUGUACUUAACGCAUGCGCCAGGCGUGACUGUAAAAUGUAACAGCGACUUCAACGCCACCUGCCUAGACAACGGCACCGAUGUAGUAUUUAAAUGGACUCCUGUCUCCCUAGAGGAAGUACAACUCAGUUUCACUGGAGAAGCUGGACAGGGACUAGUGUCGGAAACUCUACAGUAUGAAGUCAAUCUGUGCGACUGUAGUGGACACGGUGUUUGUAGAUUUGAUAGACUUCUCACCCUCAAACAACCCACAGAUCACUUUCGGCUGGCUUCAUGUGACUGUCAGAUUGGGUGGACAGGAUCCCACUGUGAGCUUGAUUUCGAUGGCUGCCUUGGAGCUCCAUGUGUCAGCUGGGGUUCGAACUGCACCGACUUAACUCCAGCAGAGCAGCUCAAACAGAAGAAUCCUUACAGGUGCAGCGUGUGUCCCUCUGGUUACAGGAAGAUAGGGUCCGAUUGUUUCGAGAUAGACGAAUGCCAAGAAAACUCGACCCUCUGCGACAAUCAACCGGGUACCUGUUUGAAUACUAAUGGUAACUACACAUGCCGCUGUGAACGUUCGACAUUCUGGAACGGAUCCAUGUGUAUUUCAAUUCCAGAAACAACCGCCCCAGAAUUCACCACCGCACGCGCACCAGUGGAUGUGUGUGGAUAUUACAAUGAAACGCACAAGUGUCAGAACAAUGGAACCUGUGAGCUCCAGAACACUAACGAUUCCAUUUGUGUGUGUAGUCCCGGUUAUCACGGUGACCUGUGCGAGUUUUCCACAGUACCGAGAGCCCAAGAUGGUGACUGGGUCGUGGAGAUUCUCCUUCCAACUGCUGCAGCCGUGGCAAUCGCGGUUGCUACAUUUUGCUGCAUAUUGACAGUGGUACGCAGGCGCAAGAAAAGAAGUCUAGAUGAAGAAUCAGAUCAGGAUAGUUACGGAAUUCGAGGAUCUUACGCAGUGCCUUCCUCAAUAUUCCUACCUCGGUUUAACAACAAUUGGCGCCAAUUUUACGGCUCUCCUAGUACAUGGAACGACACGGCACCAACGGUUCAAAGGGAGCCUCCUCUACAAUUCCCUAUCACUUACCCUUAUGACAACGAGACGAACUCAAGUGCACCAGCAAAUUCUUUCGACGAUCAAAGUAAGCAUUUUCAAGAUGGUUAA